GACGGCAGCGCCGUGAAUCGAAAGGGUGGAGCGUACGUCCGAGGUACCGCAGCAACGCGUCGCGCGUAACCGAACGUCGGAAGGGUUCAAGGUUAGCUGUGUGCCAAAUCGCUCCCGGUAUUGCACAAGGCGGCCGUCCGCGCUCUGCUGUUCUUUUCCCUUCGUCCGCUGCCGACCUCGAGCCCCCACCACCACCACCAGUGUGUUCGGCGACUGCGUGCGAGACGGCCAGUCGUCGCCCGCCGGAACCGACGGUUCGCCACUUUCACUUUUUUUUUUCAUCUUCUCUUCUUCACCCUCGACUGGUUUCACUACGAAGCGGCCGGCGUGCAGUCCAAAGGAGAUCAACUACGGAGUGACGGCGUAAACGUGCCGGACUGUGUGGCCGCCACUGCUCUCUCCCACGCUCCGCUUGCCCGGUGUGAGCACUGCUCACUCUCGCUCAAGCGCCAUCUCGGACGGAAAGGUGCUGCGCGGCCGCAGGCGCAUCUCAGAGGCGUCGCUUACGGCGCCGACGCCGGCGCUGCCCUAGGUCUCCCGCGGCUGCAAGCUGCUGGUGCUGCCGGCGUCGACGUCAACCGGAAAGGGAAGAAGACGGCCGGCCCGUCGGAGCGCUCGAACCGACUCACGCAUUCCGUUCGGUGUCAACACGCAGCGAAGCAAGUGCUAGCGCGCGAAGCAGUUCGUCGCUGCAGGGUGAGCACUAAAAGUAUAUAAAGAUGCGGUCUUUGCUGGUUCUCUUCUGGGCAUCGGUUGUCGUCUCCAAAAAGGUUCUGCCGCAUAUCAUCUUCGUCCUCGUUGAUGAUCUGGGUUGGGACGAUGUCAGCUUCCACGGGUCGUCACAGAUCCCCACUCCAAACAUAGACACACUGGCGGCCGAUGGCAUCAUCCUCAACAACUAUUACGUGCAGCCAAUGUGCACUCCGUCCAGGUCGGCGCUGAUGACCGGCAUGUACCCCAUACAUACGGGCAUGCAGCACUGGGUGAUCAGGAGCCCCGAACCGUGGGGACUGCCUCUCGAGCUGAAAAUUAUGCCGCAGUAUCUCAAAGAGCUCGGCUACGCAACGCAUCUUGUCGGAAAGUGGCAUCUAGGGUAUUUUCAGAAAGAAUAUACGCCAACAUACCGUGGCUUUGACUCAUUUUACGGAUACUACAAUGGAUUCAUCGACUACUACCACCACAGAAACCAAUAUAAAAGGCAUGUCGGUCUGGACUUCAGGAUGAACAUGGCCCCGACGCAGAAGGGCUCUGGUCGGUACGCCACCGAUCUCUUCGCUGACCAUGCCAUAUCACUCAUUGAAAGCCACAACAAAUCCCAGCCUCUGUUUUUGUACCUCAGCCACCUGGCACCUCACGCAGCCACGGAGAAAGAGCCCCUGCAGGCACCAGAUGAGAACGUUCGCAAGUUCGGCUAUAUCGGAGACGGCAACAGGACGAUGUUUGCAGCCAUGGUUGACAACCUUGAUGAGUCCAUAGGAAGGCUCACGGAAGCUCUACAACGUGCCGAUAUGCUGGAGAACGCAAUAAUAGUGUUCAGCAGCGACAAUGGGGCGCUGCCGUACGGCACCCACGCCAACAGCGGCUUCAACUGGCCCCUGCGUGGCACCAAGAUGUCGCUCUGGGAGGGAGGGGUCCGCGUGCCGGCAUUCAUCUGGAGCCCCCUCCUGCAGAAGCGGCGUCGCGUUUCCCGGCAGCUCAUGCACAUCACCGACUGGCUGCCUACACUUUACGCCGCUGCAGGGGGCAAUCCUUCGAGCCUGGGCUACGUGGACGGCUACAACAUGUGGGAGGCCCUGUCCCGCGGUUGGCGGUCGCCGCGCAAAGAAGUGUUGCUCAACAUCGACCCAGUGACGGGCUCGGGCGCCCUGCGCUACGGCAAGCACAAGAUCGUGUACGACAUUCCCAUCAGGGGUUCGUCGGACGUGCAACUCAAGACGGCCGGUCAGCCUAGGCCAACGUUGCAGGCAGAUGAAGAGCUUGACUGGCUCAUGGAAAACUCGCUGGCGGCCAGAGCGCUGCGCAUGUUCUACAACACCAACCGGCUGCCCCUGAGACCCAACUGGAGGAGGGACGCCACGGUUCAGUGCGGCGUGCUCGCCUAUCACAGCAAUUUCGUCUCGCAGCAACCGCCCUACCUGUUCGACCUCGAGAUCGAUCCGUGCGAGAUGUUCAAUCUCGCCGACAUAAGAAGAAGGACCAUGGGCACUAUGGUUCGCAUGCUGCAAAGCUUCGAGCGAAACAUGAUUCCACACCGGAACCAACCCGAAGAUCCGCGAUCUUACCCCGAAAAGCACGGCGGCAUAUGGACAACCUGGAGGAGAUCUUCAUAGUAGCGACAGCACGGCCUGAUUGCUUUUCUGGCGCCAUGUACAAAAAUGUUGUUAUUGCUUUUUGUUGUUGCUUCUCUUACAUUUCCAUUAUCUUUUUUUUUCUUGCUUUUCUCUGCCUCACGUGGAGCCACCGGUUGUGCUUUCCGCGAAGGAAUCCGAGGUGAACAGCAGGCUGCUCGCCAGCGACCAAUAUUGCUCGUUCUUUUUUUUUUGUCGUAUUUCUUUUUUUUUUUCUUUUCGAAAGAACAGUGUGAAAGAGUUUCAGAACGUACUCUACAGGCCAGUGUCAUCCUACACAGGUUGACCAGGAGCCGCUUAGCGAAUGGAAAAAAGCCCCUCUCCACUGUGAACUUUCAAGUUUUUUUGGGGCCCCUGGUCUCGCCAAGCUGUAUGUUUACAGCUUUCUUGCCAGGGUGCCCUUCAACCCUGUGUUUUGUGCAUGUUGUAAAUAAAACUUGACUUGAUGAUUUGCUCAA